GCCGCGGCGCGAGCCGGCCGAGGGCCUCACCCGAUUGCAGGCCGUGGUUGGGCCCUCAGCGAGCUGGGAGCCUCACUCGGUGGGCCGGAGCGUGGCUUGAGCACACGCAAGUGCCAGCAGCAGCCCCCUGAGCGCGGGCACUGGAGGCAGCGGCAGGUGUGCCCCGGAAUCCUCACGUGACCCGGGAGGCUGGAGGCGGGGCCUUGCAGGCCACACCCCCUUCAGGUUCCAGUCCGAGGGCGGGGACGUGGCUAGAGAGACCUGUGCCUGGAGGGUCCAGCCCGUGGAGGACUGUGCAGCUAGUGGGGCGCGUCUAGAAUGAAGGGAAGUUGGGGCGGCCGCCUCUCCUCUGGGGUUACCAUGACAAUCAGGGAGUCUGGCGCGCUGGGAAAGAAGACCCUGUGGAGAUGAGAUGUAGGGAUUCAGGAUUCCUGAGCGCACUAGAUCCCACCUGUAAGGGAUGGAGUCGAGGCCGAUGAGCCUCUAGGUCCCGUCAGUCCUAGACCUGUCCCGGGCCCCUUGGAGGUUCAGGACACUCUGCGGGACACUCGAUCUUGGCUCCUCGGAAGAGCAGGCUCGCACCUGCCACCCGGCCCCGAGGUGCGAGGCCUCCCCUCUGCGGCAGGAUGGGGCUCGUGGCCGCGCACCGGGGUCCCGCAGGGCUGCUGCUGGCGCUGGCCCUGCACCUUGCUCUGUGCGCCCGUCCCCACCGGGACUAUUGCGUGCUGGGCGCCGGUCCCGCGGGCCUGCAGAUGGCCGCGUUCCUGCAGCAGGCCGGCAGGGACUACGCCGUGUUCGAACGCGAGUCCGCGCCGGGCAGCUUCUUCACGCGCUACCCGCGCCACCGCAAGCUCAUCAGCAUCAACAAGCGGCACACGGGCAAGGCCAACCCCGAGUUCAACCUGCGCCACGACUGGAACUCACUGCUCAGCCACGACCCACGGCUGCUUUUCAGACACUACUCACAGGCCUACUUCCCUGAUGCGGGGGACAUGGUGCGCUACCUGCGUGACUUUGCACACCACCUGGGGCUCCACGUGCUGUACAACACAAACAUCACCCACGUGACUCUGGACAAGGACCCGCAAGCCUGGAACGGCCACUACUUCAUCCUGACGGACCAGAAGGGCCAGGCUUACCAGUGCAGCAUCCUGCUUGUAGCCACAGGUUUGUCAGUCCCCAAACUGGUUGACUUCCCUGGCUCUGAACAUUUGGAAGGUUAUGAAUCUGUGUCGGUGGACCCUGAAGACUUUGUAGGUCAGAAUGUGCUGAUCCUGGGCCGUGGAAACUCGGCCUUUGAAACGGCAGAAAACAUCUUAGGUGUCACAAACUUUGUCCACAUGCUGAGCCGCUCCCGGGUGCGGCUUUCCUGGGCCACCCACUAUGUUGGGGACAUUAGAGCCAUCAACAAUGGCCUGUUGGACACCUACCAGCUGAAGUCCCUGGACGGGUUACUGGAAUCGGACCUUGAAUAUCUGGCCCUUGUAAAGGACAGCAAGGGCAAGUUCCAUAUUACUCUCAAGUACUUCCUGGAGGAAAACAACAGCAGUCAGAAUGCAGACUCCAUCCCCCUCCCCCAGGACGACAAUGACAACUUUGCCAUGCGAGUGGCCUAUGACCGUGUCAUCCGUUGCCUGGGCUGGAAGUUUGACUUCUCCAUUUUCAACCAGUCCCUCAGACUCUCCUCAGGGAAUGAGUUCAGCAAGAAGUACCCACUAAUCAAAGCCAGCUAUGAGUCCAAAGGAAGCCGGGGUCUCUUUGUCCUGGGUACUGCCAGCCACUCAGUGGACUACCGGAAAUCCGCUGGGGGCUUCAUCCAUGGAUUCCGAUACACAGUGCGUGCAGUCCACCGGCUCCUGGAGCACCGGUACCAUGGCAUCACCUGGCCGUCCAUGGAGCACCCCAUCACACAGCUGACCAGCUCCAUCAUCCGGCGUGUGAACGAGGCUUCUGGGCUAUACCAGAUGUUUGGUGUGCUAGCCGACAUCAUCCUGCUGAAGAAGGUCUCUUGUCUCUACCCACACUGGCCAGCAAAGCCUUCAUCUGGCCCCAGGCCUUCUCUGCUUUUCCUCAACCUGGAGCACUCUUGCCUCAGGAACGCCACAGCAUUUGAGUACCUGGAGGAGUUCCCCAUGCAAAUGCUGGCCCAGUUGGAGACCCUCACGGGGCGGAUGGCACACCACGGCCUCUUCGUCAUCAGCAUGGAGUAUGGCAGAAACUUCUCUGGACCUGAGAAGGACGUUUUCUUUUACGACCGGUCUGUGGGACACACGGAAGACGCCUGGCGAUCUAACUUCCUCCACCCUGUCAUUUACUACUACAGACACCUCCCCACUGAGCAGGAGGUACGGUUCCGGGCGGCACACUGGCCUUUGCCCCGACCUGCUGCCAUCCAUCACAUCCUGGAAGACUUUCUGACUGACUGGACUGCACCAGUGGGGCACAUCCUCCCACUGAGACGCUUCCUGGAGAACUGUCUGGACACUGAUUUGAGAAGCUUCUAUGCAGAAUCCUGUUUCCUGUUCAUCUUCACACGCCAGAAGCUGCCUCCCUUCUGCCAGCAUGGGUACCUGCACAUGCAGGGGCUUGCAAGCACCGAGAGCCUUCAGCAGCACGGGGUGGAGAGCAGACUCCUGAAGAGCUAUGCAGCCAUGGAGGACAGCAGCCAGGGACCUGGUGACCACCCCCUGGCUCCAGAGUCUCUCACUCAGUCCCUUGACAGCAACAAGGAGGAGCUCUGAGUGUCCUCUCCCAGGCUCUCGGUGUGUGACAGUGCCUCCACCCAGGAAUCUUUGCCUCCAGGCAACCUCUUUCCCUCAGCUCCUGACAGCUCAGGACACCUGAUCAUCACAGGGAACACAACAAGGCAGCUUGUAGAGUGCAGAAGGCUGGGGCAUGGCCACAGUGGUCUCCCUUCCUGUGCUGGUCCUGCAUGCUAGGAUGCAGGGUCGGUAGAAGGGCACCUUCUGCCAGGUGUGAGCUGCUUUCCAUGGCCAGCUUGUCUCCAGUUGGAGCACUGCUGAGCAUCAGGCUGGCUGGUAGGUCCCUUCUAGGGCUGCUCUCUUCCUAAUGGCUCACUCUGCAGGUGAGCCUGGCUCUACCUAGGGAACAGCUCACAGCUUGAACUCACCCUGAUUUCCACAACAGGCAUGUAUCAAGUGUCUCCCAGGGUCCCCAUCUGGAGGGCCUGUGUCUGCGCCCCUCUUCCCGCACUGCCUUGUGGCACCUGUUCUCAACAGAACUCAGGGUCCAGGCUGACUGUUCAUCACAGGCCCAGAGAGCUGGCAUAGGGCAGAGAUGGGAAGCUCCUGUAACGCCAGCUGUCUAUCAGGCUUCUCAGAAGCAGGGCAUCUCAGAGCUGCCCUGUCCCCAGGAUCACACUCCGAGGGAUAAGCGGCCUCAGUGUCCUUCUCCCGCCUUGCUCUCUACCAUCCUGAGCCAUGUCUUGUUUGAGACCCAGCAGGGCAGGUUGAAGGCAGCAGUAUUCUAGCGCCUGCUGUCUUGUGCAUGGAGACAGUCACAGGUACUUACCAGCGCCUGGUUGCCUUCCUGCUCCUCUCCAUCAUUGUUCCUGGACAGAGUCCACACUCAGCUGAUAGUUUAGUUUCACUGAAGAAUAAGCCAACACUUGGUGAUCACGUGAUGCCUCAUAGCCCCAGAGCUUAUGCACUCAUCAGCCCUCACUCUUCCUUCAGGGGGCCACUUGGGCAUCUAAGGACGACUCUGGACGCAAAGCCCCUUCCUGGGAGCAUCCUCUUCCCCUUGGAAGAGUCUUGACUGAGUCCAAACCCCCUUAGCUACCCGGCCUCCUGUUGGCCUGCAGCCACGUCCCAUCCAGUGCUCCAAAGACUCUAGCAGGGCAAUUAACAGCCUCAUGUCACCAGAAGGAAUUGUGUGCCCAGGUUCCUACUUGGGGUAAUUUACACAGGGCCAAAACUUGUAACUGAAACAUCUCCUAAUCCCAGGAUGGCAGAUGUGCUGUGCAUUUCAUGCAUGUGAUUGGCAAGCCAAAAUGGGGCCCUGCUGCCCCACCCUCUCUUUUCCAAAGCAGUUUUAAAUGAAUCUUUCAAUUAGCACAGUACGGUGAAUCGAAUUCUGUUCCUUACAUCUCACCCAGCAAUCACUGGCGCUGUCUGAGCCACUUGUUCCCGUAAGUUUGAGGUGCUUUAACAAGUAGUUGGCUGCUGCCUGUGUGUGUGACAUCUGCUGUUUCCUGUCAUCUGCCAGAUCAUUCAUGCAUCGAAAUACCAGGCAGCCUUGUUUUAAUACAGAGGAUUCCAUUCUUGCUCAGUUGACAAGAGAUGUCUUCCUUGCUUUUUCUCUUUUGACAGGGUUUCGAUAUGUAGCCCCUGCUGACUUCCUGGUGCUUACUCCACAGCCCAGUCUGGACCUGGACUCUUGGCAACUCUGCCUCAGCCUCCCAGGUCCUAGAAUUACAAGUGUGAAGCACAUGACUGUUUUAUUAAAUAAAAGGUUUAAAUUAAGGGAAACUUGGUGUGGUGGUAUCCAUCUGUAUCCCAGCACUAGGAAAGCAGAAGCAGGAGAAUUGGACUGAAGCCUGGCUGUGGAGAGUUCCAGGGUAGCAUGGGCAACUCAGCAAGAGCCUUUCUAACAAAAAAACUUUGUUGUUUUGUUUUCCUUUUUGAGACAGGUCUCCCUGUAGCCCCAGCUGACCUGAAACUCUGUGUAGACCACGCUGGCCUUGAACUCUCAGAGAUCCACAUGCCUCUGCCUCCUGAGUGCUGGGAUUAAAGGUGUGUGCCACCAUGCCCAGCUUAAAUUUUUUUUAAGCCAUAAAGACAGAAUGGGUAAAAAUAAUUCUAGUGAAGGAACUGAUUGAAAUAAAUGAGAAAUAAGGUGAAUAGUUAAGUAAAUCUUCACCCAGUGGAUGAUGAUCUCAAGUGGUGUGGAGAAGGAUGGAUCAGUACACACAUUUGAUAGUGAAAAGAAGCCGGUGUGAAACUGCUGCAAGGGCUGAGCUGCUUGUCACUGCAAACCUAAGAGAUCACAGCACAGAGAGCCAGGAAAGGAAACCAAGAGAUGCCAGCAGCCACUUCUCUGCAUCUUGGGGACUGAGUUCUUUUUUCUCCUCCAUCAAAUUUGUGUUCAUUUUUAAAAUGUGAUUAUAUAAUACUGAAGUAGUUUUUUUUUAAUCUCUGAUCUUGAAAUUGCUGGGAAAGAGUGAGCAUAGGAGCCCCAGCAAUAGGGGGUAUUCUGCUGUGCUGGUCCAUGUGGUUCCAGGGUACUGUCCCCUGGGGAAAGAGCAGCAAGCAUCAGGGCAUAACUGCUGAAUCUGCGGCAGGGUAGGAUACCUGUAAUCCCAGCACUCAGGAAGUGCAGCUAGGAGGAUCAGGAGUUCAAGAUCAUGCCUGGGUACAUUGAAAGUUAAAGGUCAGCCUUUCUCAAAAACCAUGCUUAGACUAUAGGAAGUGAAUUAUGAGCUGUGUGUUCCUCACAUUGAGGCAUAAAUGCUUGGACUUAAAAUGAUCCUGAGCUAACUUCUAAAGGGCUUACACUGGGUGUAGUAAACUUUAGGUAAACCUCAGAUCCAAGAUAAACUCCAAGCCAGGAACUGUGUGAAACCCCCAACCCAGAAAUCCUGUUACCUGGGAAAACAAAUAGCCCCUAUUGUCUCAAAACCUCCAAACCAAGUCACCAGCACUGGCCUACCCACCUCCCCCUUUCCAAUCCCCCAACCCUUAUACGCAGCCCACCAACUGUGCCUGAGGAGAAACUGUCACACCUUCACUGUUCUUCAUAA